AUGACAAUCACCGUGGACGAAGUCACUGAACUGCAGGCGCUGCUGGCACAAACCAAGACUGCCGGCAAUCGCCGCGAUCUGGAGCAGCUGCUGCACCGCAAGCAGAAGGCUCUAGAGGUCAUUGAGACGAUCAGUCCGCCGCCCCAGACAGUCGCAGCUCCAGUCCCGACCGUAGUUAGUGACGUCGCGACAUUCUUGGAGAUCGGUCGCUUCGGCUGGGAGGACGAGGGCUAUGGCAAGGACAAGGUGGCGGUCUACAUCAUGUCGGGUGUCGAUGGGGUGGGCAACUUGCCCAAGGAGAACGUCACGUGCGACUUUACCAAGUCGUCAUUUGACUUGAAGAUUAUUGGACUCCAUGGCAAGAACUAUCGAUUGGUCAAGCAGCACUUGGACAAGGAGAUUGACCCGACGAAAAGCUCGUACCGUGUCAAGAAGAACCGCGUGUCGAUUUCUUUGCACAAAGUGGACAAGAACGCGACGUGGAUGAACCUCACGGCGAAGAAUCCGCUCAAGUCCAGCAAGCCCGACACAAGUGACCCGAGUGCGAGUAUCAUGGACAUGAUGAAGAACAUGUACGACGAAGGUGACGCCGAGAUGAAGAGCACGAUUUCCAAGGCGUGGUACGAGAGCCGCAACAAGACGGGCGCUGCUACUCCUUUUUGA